AUGACAACGACCAUGAAGACGCUGACGUUGACGCUGCUAGCCGCCGCGACCCUUUUGGGCCGAGUUGAAGGCCUUAUAAGACUUUCUCUGGACGGCGACUCCUGGACGGCCUCCAACGGCAACGGCUCAAUCACAGUUCCUGCAAGCGUUCCUGGCGGCAUAUAUUCAGACCUCAGAGCUGCUGGAGUCUUACCUGAAGAUAUCUACUAUCGCUUCAAUGAUGCUGAGUAUCGCUGGGUGUCUUAUGAAAAUUGGACAUACUCGACAACAUUUCAAGUCAGUUCUGACAUCAAGAAUAAAAGGAACAUUACUCUACUUUUUAAUGGAGUGGACACAAUUGCUGAUAUAUAUCUGAAUGAAAAUUACAUUGGUUCAACAGGAAACAUGUUUCUUCGAUACUUUUUCUCAGUAGAAGAUUAUGUACAGGAGGGAGAAAACAUUCUUGAAGUGAGAUUCCAGUCAGCAGUGAUAUCAGCCUUGGAACGUUUUACGGCAGAAGAUUAUAUUGUACCACCUGAGUGCGUACCAGAUGAAUAUCAUGGAGAAUGCCAUGUAAAUUUUUUGCGCAAAAUGCAGUCAUCUUUCUCUUGGGAUUGGGGACCUGCUUUCCCAUCAGUCAGCAUAUGGAAGGAAGCAGUUGUAUAUUCCUUUAUAGUGACAAAAGUAGUUUUGAGCAACAGCCAAUACAAAUUAAGGAUUUCACUGAAGAAAAAUGUAGAGCUGCUUGCUGCAAAUAAUGGUUACAUCAAGAAUUACUAUGUUUCUGUGCUGUUUAAUGAAACAAGCCAGGUGUACGAGGUAACUCAGCAUGUGGAGAUUUCUCCUGAUGAUACCAUGUGUGAUCAGUUAACACUAGGAAUAAGUACACUUCCAGGAGGAAAUAACAGAAAUCAAGCAAAGACGAUGAAAAUAACAUCAGACCAAUUGGUUGAUCCUCAGUUUGAAGCCACAUGGUAUUAUUCAGAGGAUGAGGUGAUGAAUUGGUGGCCCAAUGGCAUGGGUGAACAGUAUCAAUAUCGGACAUAUGCUGAAUGUAUGGAUGAGGAUGGAUUAUACACCAUAGAAAAAUAUAUUGGUUAUAGGAGAAUUAAUAUAGUUCAAGUACCUGUGGCAGAAGAUGCAGAGAAAGGUCUUAGUUUCUACUUAGAGGUCAAUGGUGUUCCAGUUUUUGCAAAGGGCAGUAACUGGAUACCAUCUCAUGUGCUUGCAGAAAUGAGUGCUGAUCCGAACAGGAUCAGAAAUCUACUAACUGCUGCCAAGAAUGCUAAUAUGAAUAUGCUACGCAUAUGGGGAGGAGGAUUGUAUGAAUCUGAUUUGUUCUAUCAGAUCGCUGAUGAAAUGGGAAUAAUGAUAUGGCAUGAUUUCAUGUUUGCCUGUAAUAUGUACCCAACAAACCCAAGGUUCCUGGAUAAUGUUGCAGCUGAAAUUACUGAGCAAAUUGUACGGCUAAUGCAUCACCCAAGCAUUGUUGUUUGGGCUGGCAACAAUGAAAAUGAAGGUGCACUCAGGGAUAACUGGUAUGGCACAGGGUCAAACUUUAGCCUUUACUACUCUGACUAUGUUAAACUGUAUGUUGAUACAAUCGGCGAAGUAGUACAAGCAUUAGACACAACAAGACCAUUUGUUUUCUCAAGUCCAUCCAAUGGCCUUAAAACCAUAGAAGAGGGAUAUGUUUCUCAGACACCAGGGGAUUCCUUGUAUGGUGAUGUUCACUAUUAUAAUUAUAAUGAUGAUGGCUGGAACUACACAACUUUCCCAACUCCUCGGUUUGCUUCUGAGUAUGGUUUCCAAUCAUUACCAUCAAUCUAUACAUUAUCUUCAAUAGCAAUACCUUCAGACCUAAGUGUUGGCAGUGAACUCAUGCAAAGAAGACAGCACCAUCUUAAUGGUUAUGAGGAAAUGGCUCAGCAAAUAAGCAGGCACCUUCCUCUUCCAGAUGACUAUGACACUGAAGAAAAUUUCCGAACUUUCAUUUACUUCAGCCAGAUUAACCAGGCAAUGUCGACAAAGGUGGAAACAGAGCACUACAGAAGGAAUCGUAAUAAGCUUACCGAUGCUGGAGAAGGAUAUACAAUGGGGGCAUUGUACUGGCAACUGAAUGACAUUUGGGAGGCUCCAUCAUGGUCUUCCAUAGAUUUUCAUGGCAACUGGAAGAUGCUUCAUUAUUAUGCAAAGAACUUUUUUGCUAAUGUUCUUGUGUCACCAUACAUCACUCCUGAAGGAGAGCUGGUAGUGAGUCUUAUCUCUGACCUGCCAUAUGAAAUGGAUACUGCUGUACUUAGCAUUUAUGUGUACCGCUGGGACAGCUUUGAGUUUGACAUAGCUAUUAUAGGAGCACAUAGACUGCCAGCUGCCACAGCAUAUGAUGCAUACAACGAAACACUGGAAAAUAUCCUGGAAGGUACAACAUGCGGUGCUGAUGGCGGUACAAAAGACGCGUGUCUAUUAUAUUUCACUUUAGAAGAUGACACAUUAACAAAAAAAAUCAGUCCAGAUAACUUUAUAUUUCUUAGUGAAAUAAAUUCAGCAAUUGGAAUCAGUGAUCCUUCAUUAAAUAUAACAUCUGUGACUGGCCCAUAUCAAGUGUCUGGCAGUGAUACUUACACAUAUAAUAUCACUGUUUCAUCCAAUGCUAUAGCUCCUUUUGUGUGGUUGGAAGCAGAAAAUAUCAAUGGGUUUUUCUCAGACAAUGGAUUUAUUAUUCUCCAACCAGUCACUGAACUUCAGUUUUACACAACUCAGGAGACAACAGCUGGUGAAUUGGAAAGUGCUCUUUCUGUCACAUCUGUCAUGAGCUCAUUUCAUUAA